AACAUACCCUCAACUCUACGUUCCUCGCCGGCGGUGGCUAACGACUACACUAGGAAGGAGCUCAGGUCACCGUCGCUAUAUUGUUGCAGAAUUAUAUGGCGGAGCCACGGUCAUUCUCUAGCCAUCUCUUCUUCACGUGGAACGAAGAAAGCUUCUCUGACAACGGUCAUUCGGAUGAAUGCCUCGUAUCCUACACCAGUUUACGUUUAUUGGUAUCGUAAAAACCAAUUCAUUCAUCUCGUUCUGGUCAACUUUUGACGGCGAGUGAGUUUCGUUGCAAAAUAUGAAUUGCAAGUUUGAGGAUUUCUUCUUCUCCAAGACGACGAUUAGUUGGCUUCGCUCUUCAAGCACAAGAGUUCGAUGAGUUUGCAUCACAUUCUACACCAUCAAAUUGCGGGGGCGUGUUCUUCAGAUUAGCGUAUGUUGGUCAAGAUUGAUGUUGUUCUUCGCACCAUCAUCUUGCGGGAGCGUGUUAGAGAUAGAUUAUGAAUAAUCUUAUAUUUCCUUGUCAUUAUAAUAUAGUUCUUAGUAUUACCGUGUCCUUCUAGUAUUGUGGUUCUCUUACUUAUUGUCCAAG